AUGGUCUCUGUCGCAAAGAAGCAUCCCGAGCUGCCCAUUUUCGACUCUCCAAGCUGGAACACCAAAGCCAUGAGCGCCAUUUCAGUCAGGUCGAAGCAUUCGCAUCAAUCCAAAUCUACCACGCGACUGCGGCAUGGGCACACCGUGCUAGAAUCCAGGAUCAAGCACAAACACAAGGUCUUGAAAAAGACGAUCAAGCCGGCGCCUGUUCCCGUGGAGGAAGAAUCGCCGUCAACGGAUUAUCAGGAUGCUCUUCCGCCAUUGUGGCCCAAGGCUGGUGAGGGCCUCUAUGCUAAGCUUUGUCCAGAGGAUGAAGACCGAGCGUUUUUGUUGGAUGAGAAUGAUGAAGAGGCGUUUAGUCAUUUUGGGGUGGACAAGUUUGGCAAGCAGAUUUCUAUUCCUACAUAUAUUACGGUUCUCAAUGGAUUGCUUCACUCAUCAGCUCCGUCUUGA